AAAGUGCAGCCGCCCACUUCGGCUCCUCUCCUCCGUCUCCCUACGGUUGGUCUCCUCUCCUCGCCUUGCUCUCUUCCGUGGUAGCAGGCUUAUUGGACUCAUGGAUGGGAACAAAGACGAAGCCUUGAGGUCUGUCAGGCUUGCAAAAUCUGCAUUUGCAUCUGGAGAUAGUCAGCGUGCAGAAAAAUUCAUUAGAAUUGCUCAGAGAUUGGACCCCAGUCUUCCACUUGAUGAUUUGUUGAGCCCAGCUGAGAAAUUUGGUAUCCUGAACGGUGUUACUUGCCAAGACAAGACCAGGAAAGACCAAUCUCGCGAAAACCCAAAAACGUCAAAAGAAUAUGUUGGUCCUUUUAAUGUUGAUCAUGGUUACACCGAGGAGAAUGUUAGAGUGGUCCAGGAUAUCAGGAAAAAGAAGGAUUACUAUGCAAUUCUUGGAGUAGAGAGGAGAUGCUCUGUGGAGGAAAUUAGGAAGGCUUACAGGAGGUUGUCACUGAAGGUUCAUCCCGAUAAGAACAAGGCUCCGGGGGCAGAGGAUGCUUUCAAGUUGGUCAGCAAGGCUUUCAAGUGCCUAAGCAACGAUCAGUCGCGGAAGACUUAUGAUCAGGCAGGCACCAUUGAGGACCAUGAUUUUAAUGUACAAUAUUACAAUGUCAUGAGGCGAGGAGCUGCAAGGCGGAGGAGGCAAGGAAGAAGUGGCUUCUAUAAUUACGAGGAAGAUUUUGAUCCAGAUGAGAUGUUCAGGUCCUUUUUUUAUGGAACCCAUGAUAAUCUGUUCCGUGCUCAGAAUACCUACAGAUCAAGGGGAACAGGCAGGCAACAGCAGCAGAGAAGGGAGCAUACGACGCAGGGUGGUCCAGGCAUAAAUCUAAUAUUGUUGAUGCACCUUACAGUGGUACUGUUUAUUGUUUUGAUUGCAUUCAUUCCAGUACGGAGGCCUGAGUAUUCCUUGCAAAAGACAUACUACUUUCCCAUAUCAAAGGCCACUCAGAAGCAUGGGGUAGAGUACUUUGUCAGCAAACAAGAAUUUGAUCAGCAGUUUCCACAGGGGAGUCCUUCUAGAGAUAAUCUUGAGCAGUAUGUGUUAAAGGAUUAUAAGAGUCUGCUAGGAAAAUAUUGUCAUGUGGAACUCCAACGGCGUCAGUGGGCCAAGGGCUACCCUACACCCUACUGUGACAAGCUAAGGAGCUUUGCUGUGGAAUAAAGUGUCCAUAUGUUGAUUAGUUUGGUCUCUCAUUUUCAUUCUUGGAAGAAUAUCACUCAUCUUUGCGGGGUUAACACGGGAAGCUUUUGGAGAAAAAUGAACAGUAUGGUUUCUACUCCAUCUGGAUUGUGAGAUGACACAAGGUCUAUACCUGGAAAUUAGUGCUGCCUGUUGUUAUGAUAUACGAAGUCGUCAACCAGUGAGCCAGAGCAUAUGAUGGCUGGUGACAAACUGAUUGAAGUUCCACUGUGCGUGUAACCUUGGUUCAUGUUGAUCCUUUCGUUAAACAAGCAAGAGGCAAGGGACAGCCCAUCAUUUAGUUGAGGCAGUUACCAUCCGGCACUUGCCUCCAGUUCCUGAACAAGUUAAUGGGUGUGGGUGUAAUAUUGUGUUCAAAUAUCUACCUUGAAAGGUGGUUACCAAGCUGCGAUCGGCAUUGGAACUACCAUAAAACUGAAAUUCUGUGAUGUCUGUUGUGGAUGCUCACACUUAACUAUGAAAUCCCUUCAAAGGUGAAUAGAAAUUUGGAAUACUUAUUAUA